AAGGAAUUGAUUAUACAGAUUUUUUUUCACAUGUUGCGAAGCUAGUGACUGUAAGAAUUUUCUUGGCAAUGGCUUCUGCUAAGAGCUGGGUUGUUCAUCAAAUUGAUAUCAACAAUGCCUUUUUACAGACACGUUGAAUGAGGAGUAUAUGAUACCACCAGAAGGGUAUAAGAAAGCAGCAGCUGAUAUCCUGUCAGAUGUUGGAUUACUUGGUGCAAAGCCUGCCUCUACUCCAGUCCCAAAAAGGUUGAAAUUGACUGCUGAUGAUGGUAAUCUAUUUCCUGAACCAAAGAAGUAUAGACGGUUGGUUGGCAUAAUGCUCUAUCUCAACAUGACCAGGCCUGAUAUUACUUUUGCUGUUCAACAGCAUAGUCAAUUCAUGAGUAAGCCUACGCAAUCACAUUGGGAUGCAUCAAUUCAUGUGCUGCGUUAUUUGAAGCAUGCUCCUUCAACUGGACUUUUCUUCUCUUCAUCUAACGAUUUCAAGCUCACUGCAUAUUGUGAUUCAGAUUGGCAGCAUGCACAGAUUCCAGGCGUUCCAUCACAGGACACUGUAUGUUCCUCGGUUCCUCGUUAGUGUCCUGAAAAUUGAAGAAGCAAACCACCAUCUCUCGCUCCAGUGCUGAAGCUGAGUACAGGAGCAUGGUUGCUACUGUUUGUGAGCUCCAAUGGCUUUCAUACUUGUUACGUGAUUUUAGUUUGUCUCCUAAUCAUUUCUUUAUGUUUG